AUGUCAAAAUCCAAGCCUUUAGACCAGUCUCUAGGCGUCACCCCGCUGCCCGUAGAGGCUGGCGAGGUUGGUGAUGGUGUCUCUAAGGAUAUCCAGCAUGACGCUGUGUUCGGCGAUAUCACUGAAGAUGGCCCCAACUACCGCAACGUUGGAUGGUUGGGAACUGCUGUCCUGAUGAUCAAAACCCAGAUUGGUCUCGGCGUCCUAUCGAUACCUUCCGUUUUCCAUACUCUCGGUUUGAUCCCAGGCGUCAUCAUCCUUAUCAUCAUCGGAGGAAUCACAACGUGGUCCAAUUAUAUCGUCGGUGUUUUCAAAGUCAAUCAUCGUGAGAUAUAUGGUAUCGAUGAUGUCGGGGAGCUGCUCUUUGGUCGCAUUGGUCGUGAAUUCUUUGGGGCUGCUUUUACCCUUUUCUUCACAUUCUGCUCGGGCUCGGCGAUGUUGAGCGUGUCCAUUGCCCUGAAUGCCUUGUCUAUGCACGCGAUUUGCACUGCUAUCUUCGUUGCUAUUGCUGCAAUCAUCACAUUUGUCUUCUCGAGUAUCCGUACCUUAGGCCGUAUCUCUUGGCUGGCUUGGAUCGGUGCGAUUUGCAUCAUCAUUGCAGUCUUCACCGUGACAAUCGCCGUAGGAUUACAAGAUCGACCCAGCACAGCGCCCGAGGAGGGUGUAUGGAAGUCGGACUACAAACUAUUCAAUCAGCCCAGUUUUUCGGAUGCCGCUUCGGCAAUCUCUUCCCUCGUUUUUUCCUACGCGGGCACCCCGGCGUUCUUCUCAAUUUCGUCGGAGAUGCGUGAUCCCCGGCACUAUACAAAAGCACUUGUAGUCUGCCAGACUGUUAUCAGUACAGCCUACAUCGUUGUCGGUAUAGUCGUCUACUAUUACUGUGGCACUUAUGUCUCUUCACCUGCCCUUGGCUCUGCUGGUCCAGUUGUGAAGAAGGUGGCCUAUGGAAUUGCGCUUCCCGGUCUUUUCGUGACUGCCAUUCUAUUGACUCAUAUCCCAAGUAAAUACGUCUUUGUGCGUAUCUUGCGUGGUUCAACUCACCUGACCUCCAACUCGACCAUCCACUGGAUGACAUGGCUAGGCUGCACGUUUGGUGUUACCCUGACUGCGUAUAUUAUUGCAAGCGCUAUUCCAAUCUUUGGUGGUCUCGUGUCUCUGGUUGGCGCUCUGCUAGGUACUGUGCUAUGCUUCCAACCCAUGGGAUUCAUGUGGCUAUAUGACAAUUGGACCAAGGGUAAGCAAGAUCCAACAUUGAAGUGGCGUCUGAUGGUUAUAUGGUGCAUAUUCGUCAUUGUUUCAGGUACAUUUUUGGUAGUGGCGGGUACUUACGGCUCAGUUGAUGGUAUUAUAGCUUCUUAUCGGGCGGACGGAGGAACCGCGGCGUGGUCCUGUGCCGAUAACUCUGGCUCGACCUGA